AUGGAAGCGGUUCGUGUUCAUCGAGGAUCAUCUCGACAAAACAGUAAAUCCAGCUUGGAAACGAAAGAAUCACUCAACAACUGCGUCGUAUCCAUUGGGAAAGUCCAGCAAACUCAUGACGAACAAGCUAAUAGCAUGGACAAAAUCCCAUUAAAAGAGGUGCCGGAAAAGAUCUUCGAUAAGGAACGGGCGAUCACGUACAUCCGAGGGAAAUUCCUCGGUAAAGGUGGUUUUGCGAGAUGUUAUGAGCUGACGAAUUCCUCAACGAACGAGAUUUUUGCUGGUAAAAUUGUCUCGAAAACGUUGCUUAUUAAGCCAUACCAGCGAGAGAAGAUGACUCAGGAAGUGCAAAUCCAUCGUAGCUUGAGCCAUCCGCAUGUGGUACAGCUUUACAGCUUUUUUGAAGACGUUGACAAUGUUUAUAUCACUCUGGAGUUGUGUGCACGUCGAUCAUUGAUGGAAUUGCACAAAAGGAGAAGAGCAGUCACUGAGCCUGAAGCUCGUUAUUUUACUCAUCAGGUGUGCUUAGCUGUCGAUUAUCUACACGACAAAAAAGUAAUUCAUCGUGACCUCAAGCUCGGUAAUUUGUUCCUCAACGGCGAACUACAGGUAAAAAUAGGAGAUUUUGGGCUUGCAACCACUGUUGACAAUGAUGGGGAACGGAAGAAAACGUUAUGCGGCACGCCCAACUACAUAGCACCUGAGGUUCUCGACAAGAAAGGACAUUCAUUCGAAGUUGAUGUAUGGGCAAUAGGCUGUAUAUUGUACACUUUACUUUUUGGUCGUCCACCUUUUGAAACAAAAUCCCUGAAGGAGACUUACAGUCGCAUCAAGUUGAACCAGUAUCGAGUUCCUUCCAAUGCUUCGCAAACGGCUGCACAUCUCAUUCAGAAUCUACUUGCUGCUGAUCCCGCCAAGAGACCUACGGUGAAGCAGGUGUUGGCACAUGACUUCUUCCGUUCCGGUUUCAUGCCCACAAGACUUCCGAUUUCUUGCCUUACGAUGGCGCCUAAGUUCAACCGUCAUAGUGAGGUUGGUGUCACUGCUCAACUUGAUCGCCACGCAGUGCCUGCUGGAGUCCUCAGUCCUAAACAGCUUGUUAAACAAGAUCUCAUGACCGGACAUGUACGUGCUCUCAACGCUGUACCCGAGAAUAAGGCGGUUGAUGGGGAUCGCAUCGACAGAGGUAUUGCGCUUGCGAAGGUGCCGGAGGAUGGCUAUCUAUCCGAACUUUAUGAGCAGAUUUCUUCUCUGCUAUCUGCUCGCGUACCGGAACGACAACUACGUGUGGAAGAUGAGGCACCGGAGGCAAUGCCUAUAUUCUGGAUUAGUAAAUGGGUUGAUUAUUCUGAUAAGUACGGGAUCGGCUACCAACUUUGCGAUAACUCGGUUGGAGUAUUAUUCAAUGACAGUUCAAAACUCGUUCUGGAUGAGGCUGGUAACGAGUUAACAUACAUUGAGAAGAAUGAGAAAGAGAACUACUACGGGAUUGACUGUUAUCCCGACAGCUUAUCUAAGAAGGUGACCUUACUGAAAUACUUCCGAACCUACAUGAAUGAACACCUUAUUAAAGCUGGAGCUCAUGUUGUUAAAAAGGAUGGCGAUGACUUGGCACGUCUACCUGUGCUUCGUUAUUGGUUCCGCACACGAUCCGCCAUUGUAUUGCACCUGUCUAACGGAACCCUACAAAUUAAUUUCUUUGAGGAUCACACGAAAACAAUAGUUUGCCCGUUGAUGGGAGCAAUCACCUACAUCGAUGAGCAGAGGAAUUUCCGCGUUUAUAAGCUUUCACAUCUACAAACCUACGGAUGCACGACGGCCCUCUUGAGUCGUCUUCGAUACGUAAAGACCAUGGUGGAGCGACUGAUGACUUCAACCAGUACUCGUCCUGGAUCAAUAAGCACUGUGCGGACCCGAUCGACAUCAGCGCCUGGUUCUCAGACCGGCCGACCACAACUACGUCUUUGA